CGGAACUUCUUAGACAAACACGAGAGAGAGAGAGAGAGAGAGAGAGAGAGAGAGAGAGAGAGAGAGAGAGAGAGAGAGAGAGAGAGAGAGAGAGAGAGAGAGAGAGAGAGAGAGAGAGUCUUGGAUUUGAGGAAUCAAUGGAUUUGUCUUCAGGUCAAUUAAGCAGUGACAGCUACGAUCACUCCUUCAAGAUCUUAUUGAUCGGUGAAGCCGGAGUAGGAAAAACCAGCCUCAUAGCCAGCUUCGUCUCCGACUCCAUUGAACCUCCUCCGACCACCGUUGAUAUGGAUGUGAAGUUCAAGCUGCUCACUGUAGGUGACAAGAAAUUGCUGCUCAAAAUUUGGGACACUGCUGGACAGGACAAGUUCAGAACAUUGACAGAGUCUUUUUAUCGAGGUGCCGACGGGAUUCUUCUUGUUUAUGAUAUAACGCAUAGAAGCACCUUUACAGCCAUAUCAGAUUUCUGGGUUAAAGAGGUGGACCUCUACACGAAUAAUCCGGAUUGUGUCUAUAUGCUUGUUGCAAAUAAAGUUGAUUCAGAAGACAGAGAUUCUGAAAUGGCUGUAAGUCGGGAGGAGGGAAUCGCAUUAGCAAAUGAGCUUGAAUGUUCGUAUUUCGAAACUAGUGCUAAAAGUAAUAGAGAAAACGUGAAGCAGUGCUUUGAAACACUUGCACUACAGAUAAUGGAGGUUUUUAGUCUUGAGGAAGAAGCUAAAGAGGAGGAAGAAUCUCCAGGGGAGAUAAACAGUAUAGGGCUGGAUGUGGGUGUAGGGCUGAGUGUGGAUGUUGGUGGUCGUGGUAGUGGUCAUGGUGGUGGUCAUGUUCGUGGUCAUGGUCGUGGUCGUGGUCAUCGUAUUCGUGGUGGUCGCAGUAUUCGUGGUGGUCGUAGUAUUCGUGGUGUUCCUCGUGCUCCUAUUGUUCGUGGUGGUGGUCGCUGCUAAAAGCAAAAUUCACGUAUUAUGAACAGAUCGUCUGCAUUUUAAUUUCUCUUGUAAUUUCUUACGGCUCCUCUUGUUUGGCUCUCAGAUAAUAUAUAUUAAUUAGCUUGUGUAAAUUGUUUGC